GUGUCGCAGUCGUCGUCGCGGUAACUGCGUCGCCGACGCGUAUAACGUUACUCGUUUCGUGAUCAUAUCAAGUGCAGUGCUACACGGAAAUGAUACGCUAGUGAACGUAAAAACACAUUAUAAUGGCAUUAAAAAAGGAUUUCGACAUCCCUGUAAGUGUGUUCAAGCAAAUAAAGUUACCAAAAUCAGUGAAAAUACAAAAGGCGUUCGAGAAACUGUUCAAAAAGAAUAACUAUACCAAAAUAGUGCAGAGUUAAAUCGCUAUUUGUAUCUAUUUAGUGUAGUUAAAUAAAUGGCCGGUGAAGUUAGUGAAUUUCGUAGAAGUAGUACACCGAAAUUUAUCGAUACGGAGACAGAGUUUGUUGGUAGAGGGAUAGUUAAACCGAGAAGUAGAAGCAAGAGUGGUAAUAGAUUGGUUAAUACGUUGAGUGUGUCGGAUGAUAGUUUUUACAAGGAUUUAGAGGACUACGUGCAAGAGAUGUCCAGUUCAAGGGAUACUACAAUGGAAGGGGACGACGUCUGGACGCAGUUACAGCAAAAGGAGUCCGACCUGCUCCUAGCAGCGGAGUUGGGUAAAGCGCUCCUGGAAAAGAAUGAAGAACUUAAAAAGGAACAAGAGAAAGCCGCCGAGGAGUUCUCCAAAAAACUUGAGGAGUUGGAGCAAGAGAAGCACCUGCUGCGUCGGCGGCUGGACACCAACCAGGGGGAGUACGAGGCCAGGAUCCUGGAGCUGCAGAAUGAUAUCAAGGAGCUCAGCGCCAAGAUUGAUAGCAGGGAUAAUUCUGUUAAACAGCGAGAUGAGGAAAAAGCCAACCUGAUAGCAGAGCUCACAGCGCAGAAUUCGCGGCUCACAACGCAGCUCAAAGAGUCGUCAGCCACCGAGGCACAGCUGCUGGCCCAGCUCGACGGCUUGAAGGACCAGUGCUCCAUACGGAUGACCAGCUUGAAGGACCACGUCCAAAGUCUAGACUCCCUAAAGUCUGAGCUAGCGCUGGUAACCGAUAAGAAGGUAGACCUGGAGAGACGCCUGACCAGCUCGCUCCGGGACAAGGACAACCUUGCGCAGCAGUUGGAGGAGGCCAAUGAUAGGAUCGCAGCUUUGGAGAGGCAGUUGAAGGAACAGGAACACCUCUACCAAAACACAAUUAAAGAGCUGCACCGUCUCCAAAGAUCACACGAUACCCUCGCGGAACGUAUUGGAGCUCCCGAACCGACCAAAACUGUACGCUCCUUACACUCGGAGAUGGAAACAGAGCCAGAGGAAGAGGGCUGGUUGAGGAGUGAAGCGGUCCAGGUGUUCAAGCAGUUGAGAAGCCUCGCGUUACAGCUGAACACGGGACAUGAUGAUGAUUCUGGUCUCCACUCAGACCUAUCAAUAUCCUCGCUCGACGGAGACGAAGGUGAGACCCUCCGUCGUGGAGCCCUGCUAGCCGCGUGCGCGGACGCAGUCGCCGCAUACGCGACGCUUGAAGGCUCACGAGUGCGGGACUCGAUCGCCGCGCACGCACGACGGGCGAUGGAGCGAGAGAGACAGAUCGAUGAAAAGAAUGAGAUGAUUGCUGAACUGUCAUCUAAGCUGUCAGUAGCCGAAGUAGAACUCCGCGCAGCAGCAGAAGAACGGGAUAAACUCAUGAACGACGUGAACGACACGAGCCUGCAAAACGAUGAGGCGGUGUCCCGCGCGAGGCAGGAGAGAGACGAAGCUAUCGAGAGGAAGAAGGCCGCUGAGGUGUCUCUGGCGAAGACCCGAGUGGAGCUGAUGCAGGCGAACAGCCAGCUGUACGAGGCGGUGCGACAGAAGAUCGACCUCGGGCAGCAGCUCGAGCAGUGGCAGAUGGACAUGCAAGAGCUGAUAGAAGAGCAGAUGAAACACAAGCUAACAUCGGAGAAACGUCGCAAGUUACCUGCGCCUGCGCCUACACCUAGCCGUGCUAGUAGACUGUUGGGAUUGUUCCAUCGGUGAUGAGAACACCCUGUAUAUCAGAUUCAUAAAUGUAUAUUGAUAUGAAAUCUAAUUUUCGAUCAUUGUCAUUAUAAAUAUACAGUGGUGGACGUUUAAUUAGGAACACGUAACACGAUGAAGUAGGCAUCAUAUUUAUUGAAGUGAAUCUUCUUUAUCGGGAUUGGAAAAAAUAUAGUGUAACAUUUUUUCGUUACGCGUGACAUUUUUUAUCAUUUAACAUGUUUUGUGUAACAAAGUAUUGAAGAUAAAUCAUUAUUUCAUAUUAUAUAUGAUCAUAUAUGUAGUAGAUAAACAUAUGAAAUAAUGCUUAGUCUCUAAUACUUUGUUACACAAAUGUUAAAUAAAUAUGAUGCCUACUUCAUCGUGUUACGUGUUUCUAAUUAAAUGUCCACCACUGUAUAGAACUAUCAAGUUAAAUUUUCAAUUGUCAUCGGUUUUCCUUGAGACAAAACCCUGUCUGUGUAUGUGCAUACGAUAUAUGUAUUUUUAAUUAUAUGUGUGCCUUAUAAUAAUUUGAACAUGCUGUAUAUUUUGUGCUCUUUCAUUGGUGAUCAAAAGAACACCCUGUGUAUUGCAUACUUGAUAAAUAUCUAUUCAUAUAUUUCUGUUAAAAAACAAGACUUAUAUAUGAUUAUACAGCAUGUUCUAAUUGUUAAUUAAUAUUGAAGGUAUAUUAUUAUCCAUCUGCAUAUCCCUUACAAUUUACAUGAUUACAAUUAUUUUUAAGAACCUGUAUAUGUUAUGUAUUGAAAAAAUAAGACAUAGAAAAAUAGACCAACAUUUUAAAAACAGCAUUGUAAGUUGUUAGAAAAGGAAUAACUUUAAAUGCCUAUUUAAGUAAAUAAACAUUUUCAAAGUUUCCCCAACUUAUCGAACUUCAUUUUAAGUCAUCACAAAAAGUCAAAACUUUUGACAGCUGUCAAUGCUGCUUUUUUAAAUUCCCGCCAUAAUAGUCAAAUGUUUUAUUUUUUAUUUUCUACAAUUUAACUUCAUCGAAGUAUGCGCAUUCACAGUGAUACUCGUAUAAAAAUAUUAUUAUGUAUAAUUAAUUUUUAUCCUUUUAUGCACGUAGGUAGUUAAUUUUGUGCAAUAGCACUUAAUAAUAUCUUUUAAUUUAUAAAAUAUUUUAUAGUUGACGGUACAACAUAUUCCGAAUUCGAAUGUACAUACAUAACGAACGAUUUUUAUACAAUUUUAACCGACUUCAAAAAGGAGGUUCUAUAUUCAAUUUUUUUUAUGUCGGCCAUUUUGUUAACAGUCUCUUACCGUCCAUUUUAUGUAAAUAACACAUAGGUAUAAAAUAAUCAUAUAUUGCAAUGCACUUAGAAUUUAUAGAAUAGAUUAGAUAUUACAGGCAUAGGGCGUGGUUUUUAUUUAGUAUUUAUCUUUAAUCUAUUUUAAACAUCAAAUCGAAAGAGAAUCGCAAAAAUCGCAGUUUGGUCUGUGAGAUUUCUUAUUCGAUUGCUUAUUUUUUUAUCUAAAUUAUAUUUGCACGUUAAAAAAUUACCGUUAAAUAUAAUUUACCAGUCAAGCGAAAUUCUUGUACAAAUUUUUCAGUAUUCACACAAAGACGAAAUACUAAAUAAAAACCAAUGCCCAAAAAAGGCCAUCACAUUAUAAUCAUUUAAUAGCCAUAUUAUGAAUAGAAACGAUCUGCUACAAUACUAAUAAAAUACUUUAUGAAUUUUUAACAUAAGUAAAAAAAUUACAAGACGUGCCUUAACCGAGAGAAAAUUGUUUAAAAAAAAAAUCACGCCUUUCUGUGCCUUAAAUUUUAUUU